AUGCCAAGCUCCAUCAAUAUCGGUUCCCUUCGCGAAAGGAAAACAAUCCAACAACUUCCCAUUCCCGCUCGAAAAGGACACAACGCAAUACUGAACUCCGAUUAUACCCAUGACAUUAUCGAUGCAAUCGGCACGUGGGGAUGCCAGCGAUUGGUCAUAGUGCACUCCAAAGCCCUCGACGAGAACACUGAUGUUCUCAAGAAACUGAAAGAGAAAUUGGGCCUUUUUGCAGUAGCUUGCAAGUCCGGUGUUGGUGCACACUCGCCCUACGAUGAUAUUUUGGAAAUAGCAAGAUUAAUAAACGAGAACGAUGCAGAUUGUCUCGUCAGCAUCGGAAGCAGUAGCUACUCGGACGCAUGCAAGAUUGCGCGCUUAAUGCAUGCCAACCUUGCGGCGGAUAAUCUCACAGUAGAAGCAAUGGAAGCCCUGGUUGACCAAGAGAAAGGAAAAGCAGAUGGACUGAAAGAUCCAAACGUCAAACUCAUUGUUAUGCCAACCAGUCUCUCUGCCAGCGAGUGGAAUAAUAAUUCCUCAGCAACAAAUCCCCAGACACUCAAGAAGCAGCAUUUUGCCAGCGAGCACGCAGCCCCGGAUCUGAUCCUUCUCGAGCCAGAAGUAGCAGCUACAUCGCCUCGAAAACUCUUGCUCUCAAGCGGUAUACGCGCAGUGGAUCACUGCAUCGAAACAAUGUUGAAUGAACUCUGCACAGGCGAAAUCUUCUUCCAUAUGGAAAAUGCCCUCCAAACACUUUUGCGUGGCCUCAAAGCCUAUAAAAAUGGCGAGGCUCACAACAAGUACUCUGAGCUCCUCGAAGGCAUCGCAAAUUGCCAACUUGGGGCUCGAGACGCUAUGAUGGGACUGAUAAUGUGGGAUAUCCCAAUGGGCCUUUCACAUGCCAUUGGGCACCAGUUGGGCAGCAUUUGCGGCGUCAUGCAUGGCGUUACUUCAUGUGUGAUGCUUGCUCCUGUGCUGAGGUAUACAGCGGACAGGUCAGAUAGGCAAAGGGAGGUCCAGAAGCGGGUGUUGGAGGUUUGGAAUAGGGCGUUGAGUGCUGACGAGGAUGAUCUUGCGGAUGCGGUAGGCGAUUUUGUCAGGUAUCUCGGGUUGCCGAGUACGCUCAAGGAGGUUGGUGUUGAGAAGCAAGAGGAUAUUGAUAGGGUGGCUGAAAGUACACUGACGGAUGUGUUUGGGGCCAUGGAGGGCAUGGGCGGAAAGGAAGAUGUGCUUGCUAUCUUGGACUCUGCAAGAGGCUAA